AUGUCACAAGUAAUAACUUUAGAAGGAUACAGCAAACUCAUUGCUGAAAACGAAAAGCCUCCAAACAACAAAGGAUUAGGCCAAAGCCAAAAGCAGAAGACUAGGAAAGUUAUGCCUACAGCCAAAACUACUGCAAAUACACAAAAAGAUGCAAUCAAUUCUUGCUCCAUGGACGUCGAUAUUUCUAGUGACAGUACCGUAAGUGCAGAGGAGCCAUUAGCGGAAGAGGAAUGGUCCGAUGACACUGCUGUUUUCGACUUUCUUCGCGUUGAUACAAAAGGAGAACCAGUUGUCAACCACCCAUUGACAAAACACAGCACAGAGAGAGACUACUUCCUUUCUUUAUUUACCAAUGAGAUGCUGGAGUAUGUGGUUCAGCAGACAAAUCUGUAUGCAGAGCAACAGAAACAAAAACGGCAAUCUGGUCAGACUAUAUGUGAAACUAUUCACAUAAAUGACAACAGGCUGAAUCCUCCAAGAGGGCAUCCAAACCACAAUAAACUUCACAAGGUCAGACCCCUUAUAACAUUUCUGAGCAACACAAUUUGUAAACCAUACACUGCUAGUAAGGUAUUGGCUGUGGAUGAAAGCAUGAUACCUUUCAAGGGACAGUCUUCGCUCAAGCAGUAUAUGCCUCUCAAGCCAGUAAAACAAGAAUACAAGGUACGAUGUUUAGCAGAUUCAAAGACUAACUAUGUCAUACAAUUUGAUAUUUACACAGGAAAAUCAAAUGACGGAUGUACAGAAAAUUCUCUGGGAGAGCGUGUAGUCAUUAGCCUCACCCAAGACCUGAAAUAUAGUAACAGUUUAGUAGCAUUUGACAACUUCUUCACCACAGUGAAUUUAAUGCAAAUGCUUUUGAACAAUGGAAUCUACUUUAUAGUGACUGUCAGAGCAAACCGGAAAGGGCUUCCUUCAAUGAUGAAAGAUAAAUGUAGGGUAACUAGUCCAGUGAGUGAACAGGCACCAGUGAAUGAACAGCACAGAUAUAAAUUUAAAAAAUAA